GUCAACACUGCAACAACAAAUAGCAAUCUGUGGCGUUUGUGCUCUACGGCAGCUUUGUUGGCCGGAUAGGAGCGACAGAUUGAGAAGCGAGAAAGUGAAGAUUUUACAACGUCGCCAUUUAUUGUUCGAUCAGUUGUGUCUUGUCAUCUAGUUUGAAAUUGGUGUCAUGUGCAUAGUAGAGAUACCGUUGCCUCUAUCGUUGCCGCAGUCGCUGUCAUUGUCAAGCGUGUCGCCGUCAAUUACGAACAAAGCAUUGGUACCGUGCUUAGUACCAUGUGUGAUGUGGUAUCUUAAGCCAAAACAGGGAGAGGGAAAAUGUCGAGUGAGACCUGCACGGAAGGUGGUCCUACCGUCGCCUGCCUGAGCGGCGACUCAGGGGGCGUCGCGGGCUUCUCGUCAGCCUCCAUGGUCAUGACCAGAACAGCAGCCAUACUGAUGGACGAACAGGAAAAACAAUUUCACAAUGCUGUCCGCGAGUACACGCUCGGAUUGCUGUUCUUCCUCUUAUUAUACAUGAUCUGCUACUACAUCAUCGACUGUUUUCGCAAGAAAAAGGAGUCGUACUACGAGAACGAUGCCCAGGAUGCGAUCGUCUAUAAGAUAUCGCUGUACAUGUGCAGUUUUAGCUUGGCAACCUCCACGGGGGCUGCCCUUCUCCUCCCGCUGUCGAUCAUUAGUAACGAAGUGAAGCUGCUCUGCCCAACCAGUUACUACUGGGAGUGGUUGAACAGUUCACUCAUACAGGGCCUGUGGAAUGCUAUAUUUUUGUGUAGCAACAUCUCACUGUUUGGCCUGUUGCCGUUUGCGUACCUGUUCACCGAGUCGGAAGGCCUGCCGGGGUCCCGACGAGGAAUUCUGCCUCGCGUUUACGAGAGUGGGCUUGUUCUUAUGCUUGUUAUUACAACAAUCGUCGGCAUGCUAUGCGUACUGUCGAUGGUCAUCGAUUCAUCGUACUCGCUCGAGUACAUGUUCACGUCUGGGUUUUUGCCCUUUCUUUACUCCAUCGUAAGCUUCUUUGGUUGCCUUCUCCUGCUAAUCUGCACUCCACUCGGUUUCGCGCGGCUAUUUACCGUUAUAUCGGAGUGGAUCACCAAACCAGCGUUCCUUCAAGACCUCGAUGAAGACUACUAUGUGGCGGUUCAGGAAGAGCAGUGCUUACGGCACAAGAUGGACGUGCUGCCGAAGAACGUUGCUAUGGUUCAUAUUCCGACAGAGGACCUGAAUGCACUGGCAGAACGGCACAGUCAAGCGAUUAAGCGCCUUAUCGAACUCGAACAUCAACGCAAGAGAUCAGCCCUGAGGACGUUACUGUACCCAAUCGCUAUGGCGCUUCUGCUCGUUUUCACUAUCUAUUCAUUUCUGCUUGUCGUUCGAAACAUCCUAGAGCUUCUUUUUGGUGUGAAAACUUUGCCGAUCGUCAUGCAAGACCGAGAGCCAGCGCUUGGCAUUGCGUCGCUAUCUAGCCUAGGCACUGUUGGCUGUGCACUGGAAAUCCUGCUCAUACUUUAUCUUUGGGGAGCGUCGCUUGUUGGAUUCUAUUCGAACAUGACAGGACUUCGGCCACGCCGUAACUCCUGCCCAUUGACAGCCGUCAUCCUAAACUGCGCCGUGUUUGCUAUUCUCAGUUCAGCUCUACCGCUUCUUUCUCGCGUGGUCGGCUUGACAGAUUUUGAUCUUCUUGGCAACUUUGGAAGAGUUCGUUGGCUGGGUAAUUUCACCAUCGUGCUUGGCUAUAAUCUUUUAUUUGCGGGAUUUACGCUUACUUGUCUCCUGACCAAAUUUACUGCCGCUACACGACGCGAACUCAUUAAUCGUAUGCGGGUUCUUGUCGCACCUGUAACACGCUUUAAGCUCUCGAUGAUAUCAGGCUAUUUGUUCGCUCGUUGUCCCAAAAUGUUUUGGUAGGUUGUAGAAGUUGCCUAUCUGUCUGGAACUUCGGCCUUACUGAGCUGGUACGGAGACGGACAUACUAACAAAUAUCUGGAUGAAGUUCCGGCCAAGAUCAGCUUAAAUUUACCUCGUCAUCUCUCCCUACAAAGACCACGGACACGUCGAAAUACGUUAACUGUCAGAAACCUAACUCGUAACAAUGACGACUAUACACUCGAUGUGCAUAACUAGGAACAGGGCAAAUGAUUCAAUUAUCAUGUUUCACAAAUUUUACGUUCAUGGCACUGAGAUUGUCAAGUACGAGUUCAGACAAACCUGCAAAAUUCCCCUUAGGAACUACAUCAAAAAGUAAAUACCUAACAAUGCGACAAAGCUAUGGUAGGAGCGAACGUAAUGACACGGAUCAACUGACGUAUUGUUAUUGGCCUAUUAGACACAGACUUAAGCGCAUACGCAGAUAAACAGACAAAGCGGAGCGUUUAUAAUUGGACCCGUACGCUGUCAGGGCGCUUAGGGGCUAACAGGCGGGAUGUACACAACAGCCAUUAUUUGUGUAUGGUGCAUUUAUUGUGGUUCCAUAUAUUACGUCUAUAAAAACGAUCAUGUACAUAUAUACACCAUGCUAGAAAGCGUCAAGUGCUAUUGUUAUCACAGUUUCUGAACUCAUAGUUCUUAACGGUCAUAUAGUAUUACAGGUGGGGCAAUUGAAUAAACUAGUUCCAUGAAAUACGAGCAAGAAAAAAGACAGAGUGAAUAAUCAAGAUAGAUCGCUGCAUGUUAUUAACAAUACAUGAGCUAAAAAUUAACACUCCACAACUAGAAAAGAAGGCGGUUUUUUUUUAAAUCACCAAAAGCGACAGUUUACCCUAAAAGAAAGACAUUGUUAUCUUAUUAUACCGAGUAGUGGUAGUAGCGUAUCAAGAUUACUACGGCGUGCUUAUGGCUCGUACCAAUAACGCCGUAACUGCUACUAACGUGUAGCACCGUUAUCUACCAAGUUGUAGAUGGGUAGAAAUAUCGAUCGUUCGUGUACAGCGGAAGGAACAUCGUUGUCGAUAGACAGAAGCGUUGUCGCAAAACACGAAAACGGGUGGCCGCAAGUACGGAGCUCACUUAGGUAGUGCUGGACAACUGUUCGAUGAAGCACUACACACGUAUAGUGGUGAACAAGUUAAGGACAGAGAAAGGACCGACAAGGCUUGUACAGGCUGACACUGAAGAUCUCUUUUGGCUGCAUCGUUCUCAUCCGGCGUAAGUUGGCGUUUUCGACGAGAAAUACAACACUAUGGUACAAGCAUAGUUGUUUACGUGAAAUGUGUGUAACUUUUUUACUAGUAGAAUGGACGUCUACGCCGCGUGUAUGAACAUAGAAAGAGUUGCUCGUUCAUCAUAAGUCCCUUUAUUCGAUCAAGAUAAGACUUUUCUACUGCUAUUAGGACGUUUGUAAUAGGCGUGGCCUUAUUAUUGUUCCGUUAGCUAUUUAGACCUGCAGGAAGGCAGCUACAAGUGAAUCUACCGCAAGUAGGAGAACAAUUAUAGUAUUAGACAAUGUCAUCUUUAUAAGCUAAAUGAUACUGUAUAAUAUUCAUGUACAGAUAGAUACGACGCAAAAAAGCAACGACUAGAUAGAAAAACGCAUCAUAGAUAUGUAUGCUAUAUAUAUGAUGUAUAUAUGACAAAUUACAUGACCGAAAUUUCCAUUCCGAGUCAGAAAAAAAAAACCGUAUGUUAAAGAGGUCUGGCAGCAGCAGGGCUUCGAAUCCUGCGUGGGGAGCGGUCAGAGGUAUUGAGAUUUUGCAAGAAGUACGUAUAGAAUGGUGCGCGGCAUGGUUUUAACGUAACUAGCUGACUGGUGUUAAGGGAAGUUGAUUCGUAUUGGAUUUGCCGUAACGGAUUAGUGGCGUAGAAAAAGCUCCGGCGAAGAAAAGGGUACCUUAGAGUGCGUCCAGACAAAUUCAUAUGGAGAAAACCAACUCAGAUAUGAUACCAGACACACGAAAAUAUAAUGGAUAAACUAGGUAGCAUAUAGACAUUAAUGUGCCAUUUAGGUACGUUGUAUUAUAGAUAGCA